AUGACCUUUGGCCCGGAGUACCCAGAUCUUUGCCUGAGCCGCUUUUCGACCCCCGUCAGUGCUUACGCUGCGAUCAUAACGGAACCCGCCUUUGAAGGCCAGGAUAUCACUCCGGUCUGGGAAUAUACAUCUAACUACGGUUCUGAUGGGACAACUGUGAUUUCCAGUAUCACAACGAUUGUAACAGGCCUAGCGGUUGCUGAUCCUGUCGUAGUCGCCUGGCAGAUUGACGACGUCGGAACCUUCCCGAGUGAAUACGUCAAGUCGUUAGUUGCGAGGUAUAGCAUACCUGCGCCAGCCAGUACGUCUACACCAACAAACAAUGCUCUAGAGCCAACGGCCGCACCCGCAUCCGAUGGUCUUAGCACUGGCACACAAGUAGGAAUUGGGGUAGGGGUAGCACUUGCUGCUGCUCUUGCUGGAGGCCUGUUGAUCUUCUGGUGUCUGAGACGUCGUCGGAAAGCUAGUGCGACCGAGGAGCCGGAUGUCGUGAUACCAGAGAUGGAGGAUCAAGACCACACCCAUACCGAGCGCAAGUGGUACUUUGGCGGGCGAUGGAGGAGUGAGAUUGAUACUCGAGCGACUCAAAACGAACUUGACUCGAAGGCGGUGCAUGUUGUCCCUGGACCACCGGCUGAACUGGAAGCACACGAGCCUGCGGUUGAAGGUGCCAAGAUUGCAGGAAACGAUGACGGCAGGGUAUAA